AUGAGCAUCGACCCGCCGGUCCUCUCGAUCACACAAGUCUACCCCAAGCCAGGCGAAGACAAGGACACGCUUGUGAACCUCCGCGCGACGAACGAAUGCGUCAUCAACUUCGUUCCUGCCGAUAUGGCCGAGCUCAUGAACGCGACGUCGAAGGACUACCCGCACGGCGUGAGCGAGAUCGACGAGCUUCACAUCCCGAUGAUUCCAAGCACGCAUGUGAAUGUGCCUGGUGUGGCGGCGUCGCCGAUCCGCAUGGAGUGCAAGCUCCGUGACGUUCUUGAAAUUGGCAACGGCAAGACCAUGCUCCUGGAUGUACUCGAGUUUCAAGUCAACCAAGCGCUCUUCUCGGACGACGAUACCAUUGAUGGCAGCCGCGCAACGACGCUCGGCCGCAUGGGUGACAACGACUACACAACGACGUCGCAGCUCCUCGAGAUGCUGCGGCCGCCGCCAUUCUCUUCUUGA